CGCAAACCAUAGACAUGACGCAAACGAACUACUGUUGUUGUUGAAGUACCCCCUCUAGUGUUUCAAAUUAAUCUGUCAAUGGCGGACUGUCGGAAUUUGGAAGUUAUUAAUUGUCAACAAUGGCAUUAAGGAAAAUUCAGCGACUUGGAAUCGAACCGCCAAUUGUAGAGCGACUUAACAAGCAUGGCAUCUUCACAUGUCAGGACCUGUUAUCCAAGACAAAACUGGAGCUGCUCAGGAUGACAGGAAUGACUGACUCCAGACUGACGGCCAUCCUUCUGGUUGCCAGUCGGGCUUGUGUACCCAGACAAACAACGGCAUUGUGCAUGUAUGACAGAGCUGGUAGUGAGGAGCUACCAGCCUUCUUCAGGACGUCACUAACACAGCUUGAUCAUGUCUUGCAUGGAGGGCUACCAGUAGGCACAAUCUCUGAGAUUGCUGGUCCUCCAGGGUGCGGCAAGACCCAGUUUUGUAUCAUGCUCAGUGUAUUAGCCACUUUGCCAGUAGCCAUGGGAGGCCUAGAUGGUGCAGUAGCCUACAUUGACACAGAGUCAGCUUUUUCAGCAGAGAGACUAGUUGAAGUAGCGAGAUGCCGAUUCCCCAACCACUUCAGUCAAGAUGAGGCAUUUGUUGCCCUGACCAGCAGGGUUCAUGUUUACCUGGAGUCAACGUGUAGAAGCCUCCUUGCCAGAUUGCAGAAUUUUGAGGAGGACCUCAUCACUAAAGGUAUCCGGCUGGUCAUCUUAGACUCGGUGGCGUCACUGGUCCGCAAGGAGUUUGAUAGCAGCCUUCAGGGGAAUAUGGUGGAGAGAACAAACCUGCUGUCCAAGCAAGCUGCCAUCCUCAAGUACCUAGCCGAAUCAUUCUCCAUUCCGACCUUCCAAAAUUCCAAACUCUAAACUUGAACCCACUGCCCUGGGCACCCUGCAGAUCCGUCCUUUCGAAGGAUGAGCCACGUUCGUGCCUGGUGUGGCUACACAUAGCUUCUUGUUGUGACGUUCUGGAAAGUGAUCUUGAAGAUAAUCAGUACUACAGGAGAUAUAAACCCUUUAGUUGUCAUUCGUGACCUUUGGGAAGGUGGGGAUGUCACGACAAGCUUUUAUUCCAAGGGUUCAGUGCACUGUUACAGUAUUUUUUAAAGGAGCACCUCAAGAGAAUGCACCCAUUUGGGCUCAAAAAUGUGGGUGUCUUUUUGUGAUGUACUCAACUACAUGAAUCUAGCUUUACAGUACAAUAAAGAAUUAGGGACUUCAUUGCCACUCGACUUUUACUUCACACAGGUUUCAUGUCCCAGGUUCAAGAACAGAGAACAAAGGUGCCUUUUGGUUUCUACAGUCUCCAAAAUUGUUUUUAUAAAGAUAUAAACUUCAAGUCUACAGCAAUAAAACGUACCUUGCGAUAUGUCAGACGAUCAGACCAUUUCGGUGGUA